UACUGGUGGGACACACAAGAAGACCUCAGGAAUUAACCUGUUUUUGUUUAGAUUAAAUACUUUUAAACGUAUUCUACCUUUUGUUUCUAUUUGUACCACCGGUAAUCUAUCUGCCUGUACCUGUCGAAAUGAUCAAAAACGGUCACCACGCCACCAACGACCAGCAGGAUGAAGCCGGCUACAGUAAACCGGGUGGUUCAGGGUGCAGUCCGGAGAAAAGGAGGCGCGUAGUCCGGCUGUGGUGUGACGGAUGUUAUGACAUGGUGCACUACGGUCACUCCAACCAGCUGCGGCAGGCUAAAGGCAUGGGGGAUUACCUCAUAGUCGGAGUGCAUACAGAUGCUGAGAUUUCAAAGCACAAGGGCCCCCCGGUCUUCACCCAAGAGGAACGCUACAAGAUGGUACGAGCCAUCAAGUGGGUGGAUGAGAUAGUCGAAGGGGCGCCUUACGUCACCACCCUGGAGACUCUGGACAAGUACAACUGUGACUUUUGCGUGCAUGGAGAUGACAUCACGCUGACCGUAGACGGCAAGGACACAUAUGCAGAGGUGAAGCGUGAAGGACGUUACCGGGAGUGUAGACGCACACAGGGCGUCUCCACCACUGACCUUGUGGGACGUAUGCUUCUAAUGACCAAAGCUCAUCACAGCAACAUGGAUAAUCCAGAUUACCAGCAGCAUACAGACAAUUUUGGAAAGGGUCCUAAAGGCCACAGUCCAUGGACAGGAGUGUCUCAGUUCCUGCAGACGUCCCAGAAGAUCAUCCAGUUCGCCUCAGGGAAGGAGCCUCAGCCAGGAGACACUAUUAUCUAUGUAGCCGGGGCAUUCGACCUCUUCCACAUCGGCCAUGUUGACUUCUUGGAGAUGGUCUAUAAGCAGGCGGAGAGGCCCUACAUCAUUGUAGGUCUGCACUUUGACCAGGAAGUGAAUCGGUACAAGGGGAAGAACUAUCCAAUCAUGAACGUCCAUGAGAGAACACUGAGCGUCCUGGCCUGUCGGUAUGUGUCAGAGGUGGUGAUUGGUGCACCGUAUGCAGUGGGCAAAGACCUGCUGGAUCAUUUCAAGGUGGACCUGGUGUGUCAUGGCAAGACAGAGGUGUUUCCAGACAAGGAUGCAUCAGACCCCUACGCUGAGCCUAAGAAGAGGGGAAUAUUCAGGACCAUCAAUAGUGGGAACAACCUCACCACUGAUGACAUUGUCCAGAGGAUCAUUGAAAACAGGCUGCAGUUUGAAGCCAGAAACCAAAAGAAGGAGGCCAAAGAGAUGGCAGUGAUCGAAGCCAUGAAGAAGAGAGAGGAGCAAGUGCAGAGUGAAGCCGGAGCCCAGGGUGCUCACUAGUGAGACCUGGGCAGGACUGCUUCUCUGUCUGAUUUUACUCUUCCUGGUACACUCAGCUUUAGGAGGUUGGACUCAACUGACUGAAUAAGAAAGUCCAUGCUGUGGAUGUCUACAACUCGGGGGGGGGGGGGGGGAUCGUCCAGUCACAGCGAGUCCCCUGAGUGUAGGAUCCUGCUUACCGUCGUACACGCUGUGGGGUUAGCUUUCGUCUAUAUGAACUUUUUCUCCAGCCUAAUGGGAUUAGAUUAGAUCUGCCUUGACCAGAACACGAAGAGUCCAGACACCGAACACAUGCCACUAUUUAACCUGCAAAUCCCUUUACACCUCUCUUCCCCCGCAGCAGAGAACUGUUAUUUUUAUCUUCUGUCAUGUUUUGGUUCCGUCCAUGUAAUCACACACUACUGUACGUGUUUAGGUGUAAAAGUGGUAUGUUGUAAUUAUUCAUAACUUAUUGACAAACCGCUAAUGUCAUUAUCGGGUAUGUUUUUAGAUUUUUUAAUCAAAUCAGAUUUUAAUCAUCAGUUUUAAAUGUGUCAUCAAUAAGUUUGAAUGUGGUCUAUCAUUAACAUAUUUUAAAUUUCAAGAAGUCACUUUGUUGUUUUUAUCCAUCCUUAAAAAACGUCAUUACUGCAUGAAAUGAUCUGUGAAGUAGUCUUCUGAUUUUAACUGUGGAUUUUAACUACCUGAAUUUGCACCGUGUGUGUCUGUGUGUGUGUGUGUGUGUGUGUGUGUGUGUGUGUGAGAGAGAGUGUGUGUGAGAGAGUGAGAGAGAGUUGAAGCGCUGUAAAUUAAAGUAGUGCCUCAUUCCUGUAGCUAUAACUAAUGUAAGGGCUGUGUAUAAACUUCUGAUUACACUCAAAUUCAUGUCUGUAUUAAUUGCUUGUGUCAGCAGCUGGGUCAGUACUGUUCUCAAGUCCUUCCCACUCUACGUUCAAGGAAUGUCCUUUUUCUCCUUUUUUUCACAAGACAAUCCAAGGACUUAAAGAUUUGGGGCCUAAUAUUACUGUCAAACUGUCUCUGCAAAUGGUAGGUUGCUGAAGGUCACUGUGCUGCUUUUCCUGUCAUUAUAUGGAGCAUAUUAACCUGGAGGUGAAAUGCUAAUGGUGCGAGAGAGUUUUUAAAGUGUGUCUGUGGGUUGGUGGCAGCCUGAGAAAUAAAUAAGUUUGACAUGGUGGAAAUUUUUACAACCUUUAAAUCACUAUUUUGUAAUGUGUGAAUUUCCCCUUUUAUUAAACUGGCAAUAUGGCAAAGUGUUA